GCAAGCCCGAACGCAGCCUUCAAGCUAUCCUGUUCAGCGGUGACAGUUGACAGCUGUGACACCUCGCAACUACAUCUUUCUUUCAGCAAUUCGACGUUGGUCAGAAUUUGCGGAGGGACGGCGACGGUGACUGAAAAGAUGCUGACGGAGCUCCUCGUGACUCACCGAGUUAUCUCCGAAAGUACAGAUUCUCCCUCAGAACCUACAGUAGUCAAGUGCAACGUCAUCGGUAGAGGAGGUGCAGGGCAUCAGGCGCAAGGACCACAAAAAUGCCCAAUGUCGUGUGGUAAGACCCAAGUCAAUGCCGAUAGCAUACCCUCGCUCUACGUUAAUACCCGAACUGCCGUCGACUUGAUCCAGAAGACCACAGAAGAAACAACGGAAGAAACUGCGGAGGGAACAACGGAACAGACCACCGAAUCGAUCACAGAAGCUUACACGGAAGUCACGACCGACCCCUCCUUUGAGAUGGACACCAAGGACGCCUCAGCUCCUCCUCCAUCCUUAUCCUUGAAGGUCGAGGGAGGCACGGACGCUGUUAAGGGCGAGUGGCCGUGGAUGGUGUACCUGGACUUGUUGAUCAAAGGCUCGCUGCUCUUCUGCGGCGGGACGAUCGUCAGCCCACGAUUCGUUCUGACGGCCGCCCACUGCGUGUUCGAUGUGAAUAUAGAGAAAGGCGACAAGGUGGUGGUUAAGGCUAACGAAUAUGACGUGAAGAACAAGGACGAAACAGUCACGCAGUCCAUCAGGGUUCAGAAGAUCAUCCUUCACCCGAAAUACAGGUCGGCGACGCAGAAGGCGGAUAUCGCUCUACUGAUGCUGCGAAAAGACCUGGUGAUGGGUCCCGGCGUCGCCCCCAUUUGCCUGCCACCCGAAGGCGACUACGAGAACCUCAACACCAUUGUCCUUGGCUGGGGGAGCUUGAGCUUCACUGGCAGGGACCCACGAAAGUUGCAGAAAGGGACGCUUAAGGUCACCAAUCUGAGUGAAUGCAAGAAAAACUACACGACACUCGAGAGCAAUUACGUCAUCACAAAAAAACACAUGUGCACAGCUGCUCCGGGCGUGGACUCCUGCCUCGGGGAUUCUGGGGGGCCUGUUGUCAUGCAGCUGGGGACACGGUGGUACCAGCUUGGCAUUGUCUCGUUUGGAGAGCGGUGUGCAGUGCCUGGAUAUCCGGGCGUCAACACCAACGUUGCAGAAUACACCUCAUGGAUACUUAGAAAAAUUCGCAAAGAAAAAUGCAAGUGAUAUUUGUCUUUGGAAGAUACUGGGAGCUGGAAGGCAGAAGAUGGUGUUUAUGUUCUGUUUUUAAUAUGAUGUUUGUAUGCGUUCCCUCGUUGAGGCAGAAAUGUGUAAAUAAUAUAUAUUACAGUUUGUAUAUCUAUUUAUUCAGUUUGUAUUUUUGUAUGUCGAUUUGCAUUCGGUGGCGAAGAUGUAGGGUGUUCUUAGAUUUCAAAAUGGGAGACUUUACAAAUCCCAGAGAUUACAUGAAUACGUUUCCUUUAGAGUUCAAAUCAACCUGGGAAGAUUUACAGUGAUCCCUUAUUAAGGAAAAAUCCGGUUACUUCGGUAGCGGGUGUGUGUUUUUAAUGGGGGAGGGGGUCGCAGAUACAUGCUACUGUCCGAGCUACGGAUUGCAAAGGUAAUUUGCAUGUAGUGAAUGUUUGUGUGAAGUUGUUAUGAGUAUGAGAUCCACUUUGUGUACAAGAUUGUUGUUUGAUAAUUUACACUGCGUACAAAUUAGAAUUAAUAAUUUAUUUGUAUUGAUAUUGAUAAAACAAUAAAGUCAUAUGAUAUGUU